AUGGCGCAACCGGUUUCCACGAUGAUGCUCAAAUAUACGUACUUGAAGCCGAGGCAAAAGUUCGGGAAGCAAUGCAUCUUCGAGACUUUGUCGCCUCUCGGCGUCGAAAAUAUCUGGCCGAAUCCCGAGCACGCUGCGAAUUAUAUUCAGCGCAAGCAAUGCGACCAACAAAUGCAAUUAUCCACGCAAUUCGCCACCCACGAUGCGCAAACAGAGACAAAAGUUUCGAAAGAUAUGGGAAUCCUGCACUUGGAAGGAGGCUGGCCAAAAGAGAUCAAUCCAAGUGACGGCGAAGCCACGCACAGGUUUAUUCGACGAGUGGAGAAGGACCCAUCUUAUGCAGCUAGUAUGAGGAACCUGAUGCCGUUGAUGGAGUACCACGUGUGUCAGAACAACGCGGUGAAUAUACACCAAAAUUUUUUCGACGACAUGAUCCCGACGCAUCUCGUAAAGCAGUACGACAUGAGGAUUUGGAACUCGUAUGAAGACCCGCAGAAGUUCGUGAGACCAAUCAGGAGCCUCUCGUGGUCACCGGACGGCUCGAAUCGAUUGGCCGCCGCGUACGCGUUCACGGAAUUCGAAGACUAUCCAGCGGACGUGAAUCCGUGCUCCUAUGUGUGGGACAUCGGUAACGCUAACAAACCGAUGAUCGAAUUGGAGUCGUCUUCGGCGAUGCUCUCGCUUCAAUUCAAUCCCCGAGAUAUAUCGAUGUUGAUCAGUGGUCAUAUGUCCGGACAAGUGUGCUGCUGGGACAUCCGAAUCGGCGGGAAACCGAUGCAUACGUCGGACAUUUACUACAGUCAUAGGUAUCCUUUCCAACUCACAUAA